UGAUUGAUUUGGGUGGGAUUGAUGGGUUUACCGGCUAAUGGCGGCGAGAAGCAGCUGAAGUUUCUGAUCUACGGUCGGACCGGGUGGAUUGGCGGUCUGCUGGGGAAACUGUGCGAAGGCCAAGGCAUCCAAUAUGUUUACGGCAAGGGCCGCUUGGAGAACCGAUCCUCAUUGGAAGCCGACAUUGCGGAGGUGAAGCCGAGCCACGUGUUCAACGCUGCUGGGGUGACAGGUAGACCCAACGUGGACUGGUGCGAAUCUCACAAGGUUGACACCAUCCGAACCAACGUUGUUGGUACUCUGACCUUGGCUGACGUGUGCCGCCAGAAGGGCCUUGUCCUCAUCAACUACGCCACCGGCUGUAUCUUCGAGUAUGAUUCUUCCCACACCGUCGGAUCCGGCAUUGGAUUCAAGGAACAAGAUACCCCCAAUUUCAUUGGAUCUUUCUACUCCAAGACCAAGGCCAUGGUAGAAGAUCUGCUCCAGAACUACGAGAAUGUGUGUACCUUGCGAGUUAGGAUGCCAAUCUCAUCUGAUUUGUCAAACCCGCGUAAUUUCAUCACCAAGAUCACUCGAUAUGAGAAGGUUGUCAACAUUCCGAACUCAAUGACUAUAUUGGAUGAACUCCUUCCACUUUCCAUCGAGAUGGCAAAGAGAAAUCUCACUGGGAUCUGGAAUUUCACUAACCCUGGAGUCGUCAGCCACAAUGAGAUUUUACACAUGUAUAGGGAAUAUGUGGAUCCCAACUUUACCUGGAAGAAUUUCACUCUUGAGGAGCAGGCUAAGGUUAUUGUUGCUCCCAGAAGCAACAAUGAGCUUGAUGCAUCCAAAUUAAACAAAGAAUUUCCUCAACUAUUGUCUAUCAAGGACUCCCUCAUUAAGUAUGUGUUCGAGCCUAAUCACAAGGUUUUAGCUUGAACGAUGUAAUGCAAGUUACCAUUUUUUUUUACAUCUACUAUUGAAUUCAGUUUGUGUGGAGGCUUUGUGCUUUGGCUACAGUUGUCCUUCUCCAUUCAUGUGUAUUGGCUCUAUGUCUUGU